UGCUCGCUGUAAAGGCUUUUUAAGAAUAUAAGCCUCUUAAAAAUAAAAAAAUGGUAUUAAUCCUUUAAUUUACCUGACAGAAUACCACGUGACCUGGCGGCUCCUGUGUCCGAUGUGGACUUGUGGAGGCCACAUGGGUCACCUGAUGUGAGCCGGGACUCGCGCUGGAUUUCUUCUUACAGUCGAUGUGAAUUCAUAAAGCGGAGUGAUUAUCCUCCACCCUCCCACCCACACAUCCACCCCUGACAUCCCUUCCCUCAGCCCAGACGCUCCCGCAUCCAUGUGAGUCCCGCAGUGGCCUUUCGGGCGGAGCCACAGUUUAUGAGUCACUAUAAGAGAGGAGAAGGUCCGGUGGGUGGAGGGAGAAUCUCCUGUGGAACUGCUGCGACCCUCCGCUCCUUCACUGCUGAUCUGCUGCCUCCUGCCGGGACCUCCGCCCUCCUCCUGCUCCACCUGGACCAGCACCAUGGACAGCUCCGGGAUGCUCCGCGGACUGCUGUUUGUCGGCCUGCUGUGCGUCAUGUGUCACGGCCAGGUGUCCCACGAAGUCUCCGCAGAGGACUUUGGAGUGGACAAGCCGGAGCCGGCCGCAGACAGAGACCUGAUCGAAGCACUGGAGGCUCUGCUGGGCAGGAACCGGAUUUCUUCCACUGAGAAAAGAGGCAGCAUCCCACUGUGCGGGAUGGGCGACCGGUGUGCCAUGAAGUUCGGGCCUCGUAUCGGGAAGCUCUGCGACUGCGGCAGAGGAGCCAACUGCAACUCCUACCUGCUCAAAUGCAUCUGAAGCACAGAGAUUUGAUUUUCUCUCUCAGUAACACAGCAUCACGUCUCCAUGACGACCCUGU